AUGCAGCUCUGGACAGAGCUGCUUUGUCCAGGUUCACCGUACGCAACCCGUGACGCCAGCAGCAACCAGACCAGUACUACUAGCUCUCAACGAAGCUCCAGCAUUCCUGCGAGUGAUCCUGACGUUAACGGAACACUGACAGAAAGCAGCUACACUGUUAUUAGCGACGAGGGGAGUCCUGACAUGGUACCAAUGAAUGCAGCAGCAGCACUGGCUCCUUCUGACGGUUCAUCACACCAUCCUCAGGAAGCACCACCGUUGCAGCAGCAGCAGCAACAGGAGGAGGAGGUGGUGGAGGAGGAGGAGGAGGUUCCAAGCGGAGAGCCUGUCCCUCCGCUUGGUGAGAGAGGGGAGGGGUCCGUCCUUCCACCUGUCCCUCCUAUCCCCCCUGUCCCUCCUGUCCUUCCGCCUGUCGCUCCGCCAGUUCCCCCGCACCUGAUGAACUGCGAGGCGAUGAUCAAAGCGGUGACCCAAUAUGAGAGGUUCGCGCGUGGACGGCAUGGGGUGGAAGAGGUCCCGUGGGCUCUGGUUCGCGAGGGGAAACGCGGUGGGUCCUUCCAGGAGUUUUCCCAGGGGAAGAAGCGAGAGGGUGCGAGUCAGGCGGGGCCUGCUGAAGGGAAGGAGGGUGCGGCCUAUGGGGAUGCUUGUAAGGGUGCGGGCUAUGGGGGUGCUUGUAAGGGUGCGGCAUAUGGGGGUGCUUGUAAGGCCCAUUCACUACAAGCGAGGGCAUUGGCGCGCAACGCAUCAACUUUCGGUUUGUCAAACCCCCACUCCCUUCCGUCCCCCCAAUUCCCUCCCUCACGCCUCCUUUCCUCGCAGGUUCCUCCUAAGCCACUUUCAUCCCUUCACUCCAAGUUCCUCUACGCCACAUUUGUCCCUCAGUCCAAGUAUGGCAUUGGCGCGCAGCUCACCAACGUGGCAGGGGCGCUGGCGCUGGCAGUGGCGUCAGGGCGGGUGCUGGUGUUGGCAAAGUUCCCGAGGGCGAUGCACGGAGGGUGUGAGGGGCGCAAGCACAGCCGCUGGCACUGCUUCUUUGCACCGGAAACGAGCGAUGCGUGCAGAAGACGAGCCCAUGACCUAAUGGCCAAGCAGCAAUCGCAGAAUCCUGCCACAGCAGAGCCAGAAUCAAAUCUUCGGGCAAAAUCGAAUCUCCCAGCAAAAUCAGACGUGCACUCAAGCCUGCCUGUGGUGCGGCAGCAGGAUAUUCCCGGGGAGCUCGUGUGGUUUCCCCCCGUGCCCGCCCUGUGGGGUGAGCCGUGGCUGCGCAUCCCGGCUGUCAUUGACAUCAACGGACACAUGCAGCAGACCACCAAGACCGGCAACAAGGACUGCUGGUGGAGGGCGCAGGCGUGGCGCUUCCUCAUGCGCUCGCCCUCGCGCUACCUCUGUGCCGUCAUCAACCGGGCCAGGCACGCAGCCUUCGGGCCAAUGGCGGCUCGCCACGUGGCACACACAGAAGCCGCAAUACUUCAGGCUGAGAAGCUGGGCUUUGCUGCGAGCACUCUCCUCUCUGGGACCAACCAGCUUUCUGCUGGCUAUCCGCUUCUGGAUAGUUCUCAGAGCAGCCUUUUUCAAAGCAGUCAUCCCAAGAGUAAUAAAGGAGUGCAGAGCGGUACUUCUGAAAGCAAUUAUUCUCAGGGCGUUCUCUUGGAUACAAUUUCAGUGCCGUGGGUGCCACGGCCGAUUGUGAGCAUGCACGUGCGCAUGGGGGACAAGGCGAAGGAGAUGCGGGUGGCGGGCUUUGGCACGUACCUGCACCUGCUGUCAAGAGUGCGUCAGUUCGACCCCUCCGCUACAACCGUCUGGCUCAGCACAGAAAUGCAGCCGCCGAUGCCGGCGGGAGCUGCCAGUUCCGUGGCGCGGCUGCGGCCCUUCUGCGUGCCGGUGCUGCUGCAGGUGGCCCUCAGCUCGCUCAUCCCCCUCGCCUUCCCCGAUGUCUGGCGCACUCUCCGCUUCUGGGACCGCCUCAUGCCCAUCUACAUGGGGUACAUGAAGACCAAGCUGGCCGUGCGCAAGAAGCCCAUUGAGGUUCGCCACGAGAAGUGGGCUGUGCGCCACGAAUGGGGCGGCAAGCUAGUGCACGACCUGGUGCUGCGUCUCAGCGGUCUCUACGUCAAGUCUGCACAGAUCCUUGCCUCUAAAUCGGACUUCAUGCCAGCAGCGUGGGUGCGGCGCCUCUCAGCCCUAUUUGACAACGUGCCCCCGCGCCCCUACUCGCAAGUCAUCCGCUCCAUCCAAUGCGAGCUCGCCAUCUCCGCUUCCAUCAAGCCCGCUACAGCCGACAUUCCACCCAGUCAAAGCAAGUCAACGCAGGUCAAGCACCGUGCACUGCUGGUAGCAGACAUGUUUGAGAGCAUAGACGAGGAGUCUCUCGCCUCAGCCUCCAUAGCCCAGGCGCAUGCAGCUGUGCUCCUGCACCCACUCCCUGAGAAUCACCCCACUGACCCCACCAAGGUGCUGCCUAUCCUGCCGCACCUCACGAGCAAGGAGAGGGACGCCCUUGGGAUUGCCGCGGAGUGCACUGAGGCGUGUUUCCUGGCGAAUACGGAUCGGCUGUGGCCCAUCGGAGUCAUGACUGCCGAUGGCACCAUCCAACCCAUCUCCCCUGCCGGCCCUGCCCUACCUUCGCCUUCUUCUGGUGUUACCGCAGCAGGGGAAACAGGCGCAGCAGGAGCCAUGCUGAAGCGGCCUAUCCCUCCACGGCUGGCCAACGACAGGACAGAGGAGGGCGAGCGGGAGGAGGAGGGCGAGGAGGAGCAGUUCUUCGAUGGGGAGGGAGGGGAGAGCGGGGAGAGUGGGGACGAGAGAGACGAUUUCUUCGACGCGCAUUCCGAGGCCCAUGAACUUGGCGCUGACGUGGCGAGCGGCAGCCACGUGGCAGCGUGUGAGGGACGGGAGGGAGGGGCCACAGGAGCAGCAGAGGGGGGGGCCGGCGAAGAGGGAGGUAACGAGGAGGAGAAGCAGAGGGAGCGGGAGAGGGAGAGGGAGAGGGAGCUGGAGAGGGAGAGGCAGCGGGGCAGAGCGGUGGUGGUGAAGGUGCAGCACCUGGGCAUGGAUAUCAUCAUGCGCUCCGACCUCAGAAACAUCGGCCGUGUGGCUGAAUUCCUCUCGCCCCAGCUGCCCUUCGACCUCCGCAAUAUAGUGAAGGAGAUACAGCAGACCAUUCCGAACGAGUUCAACUUUCAGAGGGAGGCCGCCUUCAUGACCACCGUGCGCCACAACCUCGCCUGCCGGGGCUUCCACCAAGUCGUCUGCCCCACGCCCGUCUUGAGUCUCUGCACUCGCCGCAUGAUCGUCAUGGAGAGGCUCUAUGGUACUCCAUUCACGAAGUUAAUCGACUCCCUACACCCGUACAAAGAUUCCUCCCUCCUCCCUCCUCGUCUUGCCGCCAUGCGCCUAGAAGCAAUCUCAGCCAUCCGUUCCCUCCUCGAAUCCUAUGGUGCCAUGUUCUUCCUGGACGGUGUUUUCCACGCCGACCCGCACCCAGGAAACCUUUUGCUGCUGCCCGGCGCCAAGCUCGGGCUGCUGGACUUUGGGCAGUCGAAAGUUUUGGAGCGGCAGACAAAACGUUCGUUUGCCCGGAUGGUGGUGGCCCUGUGUAAGGGUAACCAGCUUGAAAUCGCCCUAGCUCUGCUGGGAACAGGGAUAUCGUUUGGGGGGGAGGCUGAUUGGACUACUUUCUUCUCUAAACCAGUGGAGGAGUCGACAGGGGCGAGAGCAGGGGCAGAGGAGGGUGGGAAGGACGGGAAGGUGGGCGGCGAGGCAGUGAAAGUUGAGCCAAUGAUGAACGGGCACGUGUCAGAGAGUGCGCAAUGUAACGGCCUGGCAACAGUCAAUAGUGUGGCUGCUCCUGCUUCUGCUCCUGCUCAUGCUGCUCCUGCUCCUGCAGGGCUGGGCCUUGUGCCUGCUGGUAGUUCGUCUGCCACUUCUCCUGCGGUGGCUGCAGGGGGGUCACCAGUGCUGCAUGGGGUGGAAGGAGGAACUGUGUCUGCUGCAGUGCUGGCUGCUGUGGUGGCCUUCACAGAAAACGCCCCUCCUGAUGACGCCCCUGCUGCUGCCACCACUGCUGCUGCUCCUGCUGCUGUUGCUGCUGCUGCUGGUGUGAGUGAGAAGGGAGGGGAGGAGAGCAGUAGCAGCAAGGCAGGUGCGGGGAGGGGAGAAUCCGAUGGAGAAUCAGUGCUGGCAACGCUGCUGAAGGAGGUGGGGCCGGCAGGGCUGCUGGCAGCAGCAACGCCGCAGCGCCUGCAGACGGUGCAGACGCUGUCGUACCUCAUGUUUGACACUCGCCCCAUGGCUGAGGCCCAGACUUCCCCCCUUGCUCAGGAGUCCGUGCUUCAAAAGGCCCCUCUGAAGGCUUUCAACCAGUCCUACUGGCUGGGCCAUGCUGCUGCUGCUGAGACGGUUGUGCCCACUCUCUUAGCAGGUCGAGUAAUCCAAUUUCCUUUCGCACUUCCUCACCCCCCCUUUUACUCCCCUUCCUUCCACAUCCAUCUGUAUCAGAUCGUCCGGGCCAUGCUGCUGCUGCGAGGGCUGUGCCACUCGCUAGAUGCUGACAUCUCAGCCGUCCAAUUGUGGAGGCCCUAUGCCGAGGCUCUGCUUGCACAAGACCCGUAG